UGAUAAGGUAAAUAAAUACUGUCAUUUUAGAAAUCUGAUUGACUCAGAGUUAAUUCAACAUGACAACAACAAAAAGACAACAGAUGAUACAGCACUAUGUUGAUAACAUGUCAAAGAUUGAUACACAAAAGGACAAAGCGCUCAAUCAGUUAAAAACUUUCUGCAGUGAAAUGCGUCAACAAAUCGACAGAAUGGAAAACUCUCUCAAAGAAGAAUUAGACUUAGCGGCGAUCAGAUAUAAAUCAAAGCUUCAAGAGCAAAUCAAACGUCUUAAAGAACAAGAAUCAAGCACUGAUGAGCCUGUCAAAAAGGAAGCUGAUCACACCAAAUCUUUGAAACAACUUUCUGUAGAGCUUUCCCUUGAUAGAUCGAUUCUAAAUGUGAUCAAAUGUUCAGGGAAACUUCUAUUCAAUGAAACAGAUACAUCAUUUGUUCCGGUAAAAGAGGAAACGAAACACUUCAAAAGUAUUGAAAUGGGUAGUAGCAUAUUUCAUGCUAUUGGGAAAUUCCAGUUCCAAAGGUUAAACACUAAUGUAAAUAUGCCAAUAAAUGGGACACUUUUGCCAAACGGUAAUAUCAUAUUUGCUGCUCCUUUCCCUCCAAGUGGACAGUUACUUAUCUAUACUCAGACAGGGGAACAGGUUAAAGCAGUUCAUCUAAGCUCGUUUCCUCACUCAGUAAUUGCAAUCAAUCCAUCUUUAGUUUGCGUUUCGAUUCAAUACAUGAAAUAUGUAGAAUUUCGAAACGUUGAAUCUCUAGAAAUGAUCCGCACGGUAGAAUUACCAGAAGCUGUAUCAGGUCUGGGUCGUAUUGGUGAAAACGUAGUUCUCGCUUGUGAAAAUACUGGGAUACUGAUUGUUAAUGCAGCUGGUGAGAUAAUACAAACGAUUAAGGCACCUAUCAAAACAGGGUACAUCGAUACUAUGGAAGAAAACAUAUUUUACAUUGAUACAAAACUAGGCAAUUUAUUUUGUUUCAACAGUGAAACCGGUGAUAAAUGUUUUGAGGUAGAUUUUAAAUUUGAAAAUUCAAAUGGAAUCGCAGUUUUAAGGGAUAAAAGUAUUUUGAUUUCUAUGUUCAGAAUGGGUAAAAAUAAUAUUUCUCGAAUCUCAGCGGACGGUACUAAACAGGUAAAACAGAACGAAUUCUCUUCAUUGAGCUGGCCAUGUGCAGUGAUAAACAACAGUACAAUGAGGAAAUUGUAUGUAGUUCAUAGCAAUAAUCAAGUGUCGAUUUAUGAAGAAAAAUAAAACUCAUUUGUUGUUGUUA